GUGUACGUAUCGAUUACAGAGCCACAACAAGGGAUAGUAUAAUAGUCGGAGGCUCUGUACAUGCAAAUAUUCAAAUGAUCCAGCUGAUAUAUCCGCUCGGCUGUGCCUCCAGGUCCAGGCUCCAGGUCUUAUAUAUACUGCACCUUCUCACCUGACAGCUCCGUCCAACCCAUGCAUCUCAACUUUGACAGCAACCACUUCCACUUACCUCUCCCUCUCCUUCCUCCUGUAGUAAGUACCAGUUAUACUAAGCAGUUAUGAACAUGACAAGUCCCAGGCUAAAGCUCUUCGGCUUCCACGUCUCCGAGGAGGAGCAUGAGCCGGGGCCGGAGACGGAGACGGAGACGGAGGCCGAGCUGGAGGAGACGCCGGCGCGCGGUAACGGUGGUGGUGGUGGAGGCGGCGGGUCGGACUCUUCUUCUUCGUCUACCACCACGACGACGGCCACCGCGGCCGCCGACGGGCGGAGGUACGAGUGCCAGUACUGCUGCCGCGAGUUCGCCAACUCGCAGGCGCUGGGCGGUCACCAGAACGCGCACAAGAAGGAGCGGCAGCAGCUCAAGCGCGCACAGCUGCAGGCAGCGGCCGCGGCCGCCGGCCGGGUCGCGGGCGGGUCCGCCGCGCUCUACCCGCGCGCCAACCCGAUGAUGUCCGCCUUCGCGCCGCCGCCGCACCUCCUCGGCGGCGGCGGCGACGCGGGGCCCACGAGCUGGGUCUACUUCUCCCCGCGCGCCGCCGCCGUGGCCGGUGGGCCGCAGGGGCAGCAGUUCCACGUCUCCCACGGCUGCGUCUUCCCGUCCCGCGCCGGCGCCCCGGCCGCCGUGACCGCCUCGCCGGCCGUGUUUUCGUACACUCCGGCGCCCUCCGCCGCUGCCUCGGCGCCUUACGUGACCGACGACCACAGUGGCCGGAGGGUCCACGCGAGCCCAGCGGCCACCCUGGCGAGAUACCCCGGCAUGGCAGGCCCCGGGAAGGUGGUGGCUGAGCCGGUCGUCCCCGGGCCGGAGGACGCGCUGGGGCUGGAUCUCCAGCUGAGCCUUGCACCCGCCGGCUUGUGAGGACUUGGCUCGCCUACGCCGUCGUCGUCCACACGCACGAUCGCGCGCCCGAGCUAUCUACUGUUGCUUUGGUAAAAAAGAAUUAAUCACCUACUAGUACUACUACUCAAGUCUGUACUAAGAUCGAUACCUGGCUAGGUAAUUAGCGCUAGUAAUUAAGUACUUAUUUUUAGUUGCUGGGAUUUGGAGAGCUAGCUGCAUGUAAGCCAAACCUGUAACGUUCGGGUUCUUGAUAUGCAUGAUCUGCGAUGGUCACGCACGCCUUGUAAAUUUUUGUCCGAUC